CCAAAACAAGCAGUCACAUUAGCAACGCGCAAAUAUCUUCACCGGUUGAACGUUUUCUCGUUCAUUUCUUUAUUUCGCUUAUUUACACUCUGUUCUAAGAUCUAUUUUGUUUUAUUCUGCAAUAUUUUGUGAUUUAACAUCAUGACUUGUAACGAUACUCAACCAGAUUUGGGUAAUUUAAUUGAAAAGCUGGAUGUUGGACUGGAAGUGUCUCAAUCGACAAAAAUAUUCAACCCGCAUCAUAUGUUGUAUAAAAAUAAGGCUAAUGGUACUGAUCCUGAGAAAAGAAGGCAAAUUUUUUUGCAGAACCAAAAAAUCAAACGUCGAGAUAGUUUGAUGAAGAUACGACGAUUAACUAGUAUAAGUAUCGACUUAAGUGAUGAAGAGGAGAAAUUGAAAGAUGAAAACAUGGAAACAGAAGCUUCCAUUUCGCAAGGCUCGGUCGAUGAUGACGAUAAAGAGGAAAAGUUUAAUAGAUUUAAAGAUCAAUUGAUGCUGUCGGAGUGGCUUACUCGAAAACCGUCUGAUUUUGUUGAAAAUUGGUUCCUUGUUAUCUGUCCAGUUGGAAAGAGAUGUUUGGUUGUUGCUUCAUCUGGACAAACUAAAGCUUACUCACGAACUGGUCAUUAUAUCUCAUCAUUUCCAUCUUUCUUACCUGGUGGUAAUCGACGUGAUAAUUGUGCAUACCGUAAAAGUGCUAUACUUGAUUGCAUUUACUCUGAAAGGGAUAAGACUUAUUUCAUUUUAGAUGUUAUGCUUUGGAACCAGAGUCAGUUCUAUGAUAGUGAAACUGAAUUAAGGUUCUAUUGGUUAAACUGUAAGAUCAGAGAAGAAUAUAAUAAUUUAUCAACAACUGCUCCUCUGAAUCCUCACAAAUUCAUUCUAUUAGAUCAUCAUGGAUGCGAUGAUCGUUCAAUUAUAGCUGGAAUUCAGUCUUAUUCUUACAAAGCAAAGAUUGAUGGACUACUCUUUUUCCAUAAAAAGGCCCACUAUAUUCCUGAGGUUUCCCCAUUAGUUUGCUGGCUUAAACUUAACAUGUUGAAAGAUGUUCUCAACAUUGAUAUCGAUAUUACUUCUCAAAAUCAAAUGGACAUUGAGAUUGAAGACUAAUUUUGGAUAUGAUUGACUUUUUCAGCAAUUCUGAAGCUUAUAUCGCAUUGUAUCUUGAUAGGAAAUGUACAUAGUAUUGUUAAUAUCGACUAAACCUGAUGGAUUUGUCACUAUUUAUUAAGGCGAACUAUUAUGAGCCUGAUCUAACAACGAAACUGUAAAUUUUGAAGUUGCAAAUUAUGACUUGUUUUUAAUUGAAUGAAA